AUGCAUAUAUGCCCCAAAAUCAAGACCUCUAUGCGUGGAUGUGGAGAGCACUUUGCUGGCCAACAUCUAAGCAUCUCUUUUGCGCCUCUGGCUGCCGCCAUCACCAUCACCCAGUCCGCUGCCACCUCGACCCAUGCAGCCAGUCUCUAUCUCCGGAACUUUGUCUCCUGGCGUCCCUCCUAUGUCCCUCUUGCCCUAAACAUCCCCACAUCGGAUCAGUCCCGUCUGGACGGGCCGUCCUCGUCGCCGUCGCCCUCCACCCGCACAGCGGCAUCAACCGUUUAUGUCACGGUGAUCCCUACCGGUUCCAGUUCUUGUCUUUUCCAUCAUUCCUCCCACGGCAUUCAUUCCAGCCAUCACCAUCUGCCUACUUCUCACGCCCACGCUGCUCCUUCACGUACCACUACCACUUCCUCUUUAAGAUCUGUGAAGUCAGGAACCGUGCUUAAGAUUAAUGGUUGCUGUUCAGACUAUUCCCACCCCGUAACCUUAGAUAAGGUCACAACCCCGACCCCGGCAAUGCCCAACCACGGCAAUACCUCCCGCAGUGCUGCGCACCCCUCUACUACUGUCCCUGCCGCGAUUACUGUUGCCCCUAGCCGAGUAACCGGAGCAGAUGAGGUGGUUCGGGUAACUAUUACCACCACUGUGCCUGUGGUUGCUGCUGCGGAUGAUGAGACUUGCCUAUUUGUUUGA